CAAUAAGUGAGCAGCCAAUAUGGCGCAAGCUUUAUUUGAAGCUCUUACAGGUGGGGUGUCGAUGGACACGCAGACAGCUUUGGCUGUUCACUCCCUCCUUGAGUACCAGGGUGGCGCUCCAGGAGGGGCCCCCGAAGCUGUGCUCGUGGAAGAAGAGGACGUGUUCCAGUGCGGCAAGUGCAAGAAGCAGUUCACCUCUCUGACCGUAUUCAUGGCCCACAAGAGGGAGCACUGCAACCAGGUGGCACCACGGUCCAUGCUGCCGGCGACGAGUGUGACGACGGCGAGCGCGUUUGCUAUGACUCAGCUGCCGCAGCAGCAGCAGCAGCAGCCGGUGGCGAGCCGUGCCGCGGUGGCGCCACCGCUCGUGUCGCCGACGUCGUCGUCCUUGUCACUCUACAACGCGUUGCCGACGUCGCCGCUCGCGCAGAUCGCGCAGAGCAUGGUCAUCGGCACCGAGGAGCUGGUCACGUUCGCGACGAUCGACCAGACCGGUGGUGCCGGCGCGCCGCUGCAAAAUGGCGUUGGCCUGCAGGCGAUGACCAACCAGAAUCCGUUCAUGCCGCAGACGAGCCCCGUCGCACGCACCCUCGCGACGGCGAGCUCCGUCGUCGCGCCGCCGUCGUCCGCCGUCUACACGAGCACGUUCCCGCUCUCGCAGCCGCAGGCACAGACGAUCCUCAGCAUCGGCACGCCUAUACGGCCGAGUCCGAGCAAGGGCGCGCGGCGAGACGGGCAGGCAGGCGGCGGCGGCGUGCUCAUGAAUCUCGAUGCGACGAAGGGGCGCCGGCGCGGCAUGGACGCCGACAGUGCGAGCAACCACAAGGCAAUGAAGCUGCGCUGCACGUACUGCGAAAAGCUCUUCUCCAAAAACUUUGAUCUGCAGCAACACAUCCGAAGCCACACGGGAGAGAAGCCAUUCCAGUGCAUCGUGUGCGGUCGCGCAUUCGCACAAAAGUCUAACGUCAAGAAGCACAUGCAGUCUCACAAGGUAUGGCCGUCAGGAAUGGGGCGCACUCUGCCAAUGGCACCGUUGGUUCUCAUGAGUAAGGAGGACUCUAAGGAGAUGGAAGAGCAGACAGAGGGGCCUCUGCACGGACAUACAGAGGAGAUCCAGAUAUCAUCACUUGCUGAGGGUCAGGAAGAGAUGCAGCAGAACUGCAAGGAAGACCGCACUCAGAACAUGGAUCCAAACUGCGUUGUAGUCGAUGCUUCGUACUUGUGCCAGUACUGCAAUCAGUCGUUCGAAAACUACUUUCACCUGAAAACUCAUAUGGUCUCUCAUAAAAGUGAACAGGUGUACAAGUGCGUGCUGAAGACGUGCUCGGAGACGUUUCACGAGAUGGACCAGUUUCUCGACCACGUGAAGAUGCACGAGGACGAGCUCUCAUACCGGUGUCACAUGUGCAGCAAAAGCUUCAGCACACUCUACGACCUCGGUGUACACCAGUACUCACACAGUCUGUAUCCCAACCAGCAGGCCAAGCUGUGCGGGCCCAGGUACUACCGGUGUAACAAGUGCAUGAAUAAGUAUGCAACACCAGAAGCCCUCGAGCAUCAUAUGAACACUGUUAACCAUACAUAUCCCUGCCCGCAAUGUGGGAAGGUGUUUCCAUGUGAACGCUAUCUGAGACGGCACCUGCCUUUACAUGGGACUCUGCCAAAAUUUCUAUGUCAGGUCUGCAACAAGGGCUUCAAGACGGACACGUACCUGAAGAUGCACGCGCUCAUCCACACGAACGAGCGGCCAUUCGCGUGCGACCAGUGCCCGGCCGCGUUCAACCGCAAGGACAAGCUGAAGCGGCACAAGCUGAUCCACCUGCCGCAGAAGCGCUUCAAGUGCCCGUUCCGCUCGCACGUCGGCUGCAAGAAGGAGUUCAGCCGCGCCGACAAGCUGAAGGCGCACAUCAUCACGCACAGCGGCAUCAAGCCGUUCAAGUGCGCCGACUGCGGCAAGAUGUUCAGCCGCAAGAUGUACCUGAAGGAGCACGAGCGCACACACCAGGAGGCGCCGCCGUGGCGCUGCGACAGCUGCGAGCGUGGCUUCUUCCGGCACCGGCAGCUGCAGCUGCACAAGUGCCGCGCCGCGCGCGAGGAGAAGGACGCGCCGAUGCGGACGCGCGUUCGCGCGAAGCUCGGUCGCCCGAAGAAGCGCGCGUACGCGUUCGGCGUCGCAAAAGCCGCGGGCGGCGAGCCGCGGCCACGCGGACGACCGCGCAAGCACCCCCUGCCGGCGAAGAGCGGCGGUGGCGACGAGUACGCGCCGCUGACGACGGAGACGACGGAGACGAAGGACGGGAGGGGGACGCACGAGAUUGCGGACGUUGUGUUCACCGAGCAGCAGCUCGAGCAGGCAGGCAUCGACCCGUACGCGGUGCCGGACGGUGGCGCCAUCUCCCUGCAGCCCGUCUCGCUGUCGUCGUGA